AGAAGAAAGGAAAAUAUGUGAGUCCUGCCUCCCGCACACCUUUCGAUACUGCUUGGAAUCAAGUCCAACCUGCUUUAUUCAAAGCAAAAGCAAAAGCAAAAGAAAAAAGGAGGAAGAAGAAGCAGACAGCUCAAUCUUUAUUCUUUAAGUAGCUCCAACCUGAAGCAAAGAACCAGCUUGCUACACAUGUAUGCUUUGGCCAAAACAAAAGCCAAAGACCAAACACAAGCUCUGCAUACCAUCAAAUCUUCAGUAUCCAUUUCCCCCCCUUCAUCUGACAUAAGCAAUAAUAGAUUGUGCCAGCCAGCCAGCCAGCCAGCCAGCCUACUUUCCGAUUAAGGUGCCAACUGCAAAUUGGUUCAUCUGGAGGUGCCGAUCGAUCGAUGGGUUAGAUUUCCGGAGCUUCUUGUCUCUGCAAGGCCUUCACUCAAACAAUUAGUCAUCAUGAGGAUUGAUGCAGACAGCAUCGAAAUAGCCGUGAAAAAUAUAGUCCCUUAUCUAGAGGAUACAAGCAAUACUGCACACAAGGCCAUCUAUUUUGAUGGAACGGGUGGGCUGGCUGCUUCGGCGGUGCUUAGAGCCAUAGCCAAAGACCCUCCGCCGUCUCUGUUGAAGAAAUUCGACAAGAUCAUCCACGUCGAUUGCUCGAGGUGGAAAAGCCGACGAGCCCUCCAGAGGACAAUCGCACAACAACUCAAGCUUCCUCAAAGGGUAAUGGAUAUGUUUGAUAGACAAGAUGAAGAAGAUGAUUUCCAAGGGGCAGAUGAAGGGUCCAGAGCUGAGAUACAAGAUGUUGGGGCAGAGAUCCAUCAAGCCAUAGGACAACACUUCUGUUUAUUGCUAUUCCAUAAUGGGAGUGACAAGACAGUUGACUUCAGUGAUUUUGGCAUUCCCCAACCUAUCAUGAGUCGGUGGUACCUGUUUGGUACUAAAUUAUUGUGGACAUUUCGAGGAAGGCUUCGGCUCAACCAAGGAGUCAGUAAGAAGGUGGAUGAUUCACAUCUUUUUCUUUAUGAUACGUACAGUUUUCAGGGGUGGAAUUUUUUGCUUCAAAUAGAGGCAAGAGAGAUUGCUCGGUACACUGAUAAUCUUGGCGAAACAGUUGAAGAGUGCUGCUUGUAUCUGCUGUCAUUAAAUUCUCAAGGAGGCAAUAUCAUGGACUAUGACUGGGCCACCCAUGCUUCUAACUACUGGGUCUGUGAUGGGAUUAUACAAGGAGGCCAUGGUGACGAAGCAUGGGAGGCUGCAGCUGCUCUGCAUCAGCGGAUAUGUAUAGAGGAUUAUUCAUCUAAUGCACUGCCCUCUUUUGGUGAUGAACUGGGGACUCCUCCUAAACGGUGGAUAUUGUCCAAGGAAAACUCUGUUGUGCAUCCAGAGUCAACGUCGUUUUUCCUUGCUGCACUCGGAAGCAUAUCUGAUCCUCCAUUAAGAUCCUUACCCGAUGACAUGUUUCAUCAAUCAGACAAACUUCGGGUGCUCAAGUUAUGUCAUUGCACCUUCAGUUUUUCUGCACCUCCUUUUUGUUGUUGCCACAACUUAAGGUUCCUUGGAUUAGAUCACUGCAAGGAUCAACAAGUAGAAGAAGAUGAGAAGCAAGAUAAACCAGCUGCAAUGGAAUUUUUCCGAAGCCUAUGGGUGCUAGAUAUAUGUCACACAGACUGGAAGUUGGAUUUAUCGGCGGAAAUAAUAGAGCAAGCGGUUGCAAACAUUAGGGAGGUACAUAUAAGGAAAGGAAGGAUUUGGUGCCAUGGUUUUGCAUGGCGACAACUACAGAACCUUCACAAGCUUCGAGUGAUUGAGCCUACAUCCCCUUGGCAGACAUCCGAAGUUGAUGAAUUCAUAGAUAUGGUAAGGUUGAAGAUCCUUGACCUGUCUGGGAAUACUACACUACAUGUUUUGCCAAGCCUGUCAAAAGCAACUAGCCUCAAGACCUUGGUUCUAGAUGGUUGUGUUGGGUUGGAGCACCUUGGACCAGAAGCACUCCCUCCAUCACUUGAAUCAUUCAGCUUAGAUGCAAGACCAAGAAAAGAUGAUUACAAGGAAGCCAAAAUAAGCCGCAUCUCCUUGGUUGGUUGUGCAAGAUUGUCUGAAUUCACACUGAGGGGAUCACUUCCAAACCUUGAGGAGUUGGACCUCUCGGCCACAAGAGUUAAGACACUUGACCUCACAACUCAGGUGGUGCAGGUCCCGUGUCUCCAACAAAUUAUUCUACUGGGAUGUAUGCAGCUGCAUGCUAUUCUAUGGCCAAAAGAGGGUCUGCCAACACUGACGGUGCUGCAUAUUGAUACCUCGGUUUGUCCUGUUCAAACAAAACUACAUGAAGUGUAUGUUACUAUAAUGGACAUGAGGUUUUUUCAAUCCUUGGUAUUACAGAGAAAUGUCCGAUUCUGUUGGAAGAGCAAUAGGUUCCAUCUAAAUCUUUGUGUCCCUUGUACCACCAAUGUUAAGGGACAAAGCUAUAUGAAGAAGAAGAUGGGCCCUGGUAAUAGUGGGAAAAUAAUGGGUCCUGCUCAACCAAAGUCAUUAAACCCCAAUACUUGCAGCACCUACACUGAUGUCUCGGUUGACAACAUAAUUAUUGAUCACGACUACAACAAUGCAAUGAAGUUUCAGCCAUCAAGCUGCCAUGUGGAGAUUGGUAAGGGAGUUAGCAACGCUAGCGUGGAGAGCGAACAUGCAGUCAAUGCUAUCAUCUUUGCAAUGGACCAAUCCGAGUCGCUGCAUGUUCAUGACAAUUCUUCCAUCACCACUGUCAUCCCUGAACACAUGAUGACAGUUGAUGAUCUUGACUGGGAACAUUUAAAACAUUGUCAUGUGGUGAGAUGCCCCAAGAUGCACACAGUCUUCAUGACUAACUAUGGUGGCUACCCUUUUACAGAAAUAGAGACCUUUUGGGCCGCUGAUCUACCGAUGGCACACUGCAUUUGGAGCAAAGGAACGACCUACAGGGGCACGGAAACUAGGUGCUUUGCCAAACUGCGGAGCAUACACCUCUACUCUUGCCCAAGGCUCGCAUUUGUGCUUCCGUUAUUGUGGGGUAUUCAAGGAUUAUAUUUACAGAACUUAGAAAGUCUCCACAUUGUGAAUUGUGGUGAUCUAAAGACGGUGUUCCCUGUUCAUCCCGGCUUGAAAGAACGUGUACUUGAGUUCCCAAGCCUGAAGCACAUCCAUCUAUAUGAGCUCUAUAAGUUGGAGCAUAUAUGUGAGGUGAAGAUGCAUGCUCCCAAGCUUGAGAGGGUAUGGCUCAGGGGCUGUUGGGGUCUCAGGCGCCUCCCAGCCAUUGGCACAUCUAUAGGGGCUGUUGGAGAUAGCCGUCGCCCCGUCGUGGACUGCGAGCAGGACUGGUGGGAGAAGCUGGAGUGGGACGGGCUGGAGGCCGGCCACGACCCUUGCCUCUUCGAGCGACGCCACUCGUCGCAUUACAAGAAGGCGUUGCCCAGAGUUUCUGUGCUUCGGUGAAGUGACGACCGUACUAUACUAUCCAGGUUUGAGUCAUGGUGGCAAUGACAGUGGCGGUGGACGCCUUCUUGCUGCUUUCCGCUGCCAUGAUCGACGGUUCAAGCCAAUAAAUAAUCUGCAUGUGUGUUGCUUUGCUUCCCAAUUAAGAGAUGGUGGAUGCAUGUGUGUGUUCCUUUCCUUGGUGAAGAAAGAAUAAAGUGGUGGUAGCUACCUAGCCUGCUUGAUGCCGGCACCUGCAUGCAUGCUUAAUCAUCUCCACUCUCCAUGGAUGGGAUGGGAUGGGAGAUGCAUGUGUACGUAUCAUUGUUUAUGUGUGUGACUGGCUGAGUCUGAGUGUGCCAAAGACCAGAGAUCGAUGCGUGUGUGUGUGUGUGUGUUUCCCUUCAUUGAGAUUCAGUAGAGCUAGCAGCAGCAUGUGUACGUACGUAUGCUGGACUGAAAAUGCAUGGCUUGGCUUGGCAUGGCUUGGUGUGAUAUAUAUAACAACUGAUGAGUAUGUAUUUAUUUGGUUCAAUUACCUUGCUAUAUAUAUGUGUACGUAUUUAUGGUUAA